AUAGUUAGUUUACAACUAUUAAAAUUACCAUUACAACCGUCAAAUGCCACAUCUCUGGAUAACGCUAGCAAUGCUACAACAACUCAUACUAGUCGUAUCACACUCAAUUCGGAAGAAUUAUAA